GGAGCGCAAGAGCGCACAGAGUCAGCAGGGGGACCAAAACAAACCUGUGGCGGAUCAUUACUAGAUUUUCAACUCUUUCAUUUUGAACGACUUUACUACUCCAAAGGAUAUGUUGGCCGACAUUUCAAGAGGCAUUCUCCUCAUUUUGUCUUGCAUAUUGCUGAGACCCGUGUUUUCAAUGCAAAGUCAAAUGUGUGACAUGAUGAAGGAAAUAGACAAGGAGAGGGAGGCGUGCAUGGCUCAGAUUGAGAACAGAACAGCAGGUUGCAAUAGGACAUGGGACAAGAUCACCUGCUGGCCCAGUGCUGAAGUUGGACAGGUGGUCACCAUCCCUUGCCCCAAAUAUCUCUUCUACUUCUCCAGGGACGUACAUACACGUAAUCUGUCAAAGACCUGCACUGUGGAUGGCUGGACCCCAAUCAGCAUGGACUCCUACAUUAUGGACUGUGGAUACAAUCCAAACAACACCAUGGAUGAAAAUACGGGAGAUUUCUUCAACGCUAUCAAAGUGGGUUAUACCAUUGGUCACAGUGUGUCACUCAUCUCUCUGACGGCUGCUAUCAUCAUACUGUGCAUCUUCCGGAAGCUGCACUGCACAAGAAACUACAUCCACAUGCAUCUGUUUGUGUCCUUCAUAUUGAAAGCUGUGACUGUUUUCAUUAAGGACGUGGUUCUGUAUGAUGUCGGCGAGACAGUCAAUUGCCAGUCGCCAGUGGGCUGCAGGGCAGUGGUGAUCUUGUUCCAGUACGGGAUCAUGGCGAGUUACUUCUGGCUGCUGGUGGAGGGCCUCUAUCUUCACGCCCUGUUAGCCGUCUCCUUCUUCUCUGAGAGGAAGUACUUCUGGUGGUACAUCCUGAUCGGCUGGGGUGCUCCAACCAUCUUUAUCUCUGCAUGGGUUAUUACAAAGGCUUAUUUAAACCACCCGGGAUGCUGGGAGAUAAUUGAUGACAGUCCUUGGUGGAUCAUCAAAACACCUAUUUUAAUCACCAUACUCGUGAACUUUUUCCUCUUCAUUUGUAUAAUCCGGAUUUUGCGACAGAAGAUGAAUUGCCCUGACAUCGGAAGAAAGGAAUCCAAUCAGUACUCGAGACUGGCUAAAUCAACGCUGUUGUUAAUUCCUCUAUUUGGUAUUAACUACAUUAUUUUUGGAUUCAUCCCUGAACAUGUCCACCCGCAAGUGAGGAUGGUGUUCGAUCUCAUUCUGGGUUCAUUUCAGGGUUUUGUUGUCGCGGUCUUGUACUGCUUUCUGAAUGGAGAGGUUCAGUCAGAGAUUAAGCGCAAGUGGCGCAGAUGGAUGCUGCAGAGGUUCCUGGGUGCUGACACUAAGUACCAGCAGCCCUCUAUAGGCAGCAACGGCAACAACUUCAGCACCCAGAUCACCAUGUUGACCAAAAGCAGCCCUACAACCCGCCGGUCGUCUGCAUGUCAGGAACACCUCUCUGCCAUCUGAAACCCACCUUAAGUUAACUCUCCGCUUUAUCAUCAUGUACUGAAUGUGUGGCUUGCAUGCACGGUGGAAAUACAGUAGAUUGGUUACUCAAGAUCUGUAUGACAGUUUAAUACUAAUAUAUUUGUUGUAAUUGUAUCUAUUACCAGUUAAAAAAAUACACAUGCCAAUAAGACAUGUGAAACACUGCCUAGCUAAUGAAUGCUUUUAAUUGUAACACAAAAAGGAACAUUAGCUAGACUGAAGUUUCAUUCAAGAGAGCUUUCAUGGUAGUGGAGGUCGACUGCACUGACAGCCAGGUAUCUGAUAUUUACCUAUGGGCCAGUGUCACACAUAUAUAAGCAAACAGAUUAGUUUGAACAACAGUAUUUGUUGAGAUCACAUGAUGAGUCCGUCUGGACUGGGUAACAGCCAGCUGAGGAAAAUCAAUUGUCAGAGUGACAUCACAUAACGGUAACGCUCAAGCAGAAAGAUCUUCAUAAACCCCAACGGUCACUGAAGUGAACUGAAAGGAAAUGUGAGUCUUGGCCGGCAAUGACCGCCUGAUGUUAGGAUGGAUAAAGCCAGGGACAAGCUGCAUUAUAAGAUGUUUAUUAAAAGGGUGCAUUGCACAAGAGGGCUCCGACCACUUAACCUAAUGGCCCAGGUUGCUCAGGGGACCAAUGGCAACAACAUUAUCGACACUGUCAUGGACAGUCGUAACAGAGGAGGAAUCUAUGGCAUAACCAGCGUUCCUGUCCUGUCUAUGACACUUUUAUAGGGGACAUACACUCUGCUGAAUUACUGCCGGGUAACAUUCCAGAGGAGAGACUGAAGCUUGGGCUUGUGAAAUUUAUCUCAGAUUACAGAGGCUUUUAGUUUUGUCUGAGUGCGCAGUCACUUAACAGAUGGACCAGAUGUAUUCCAUUAGUUCACGAUACACACAGUUGUAAAUAAGUAUGUGGUAACAAUAACUAACUUCCAUUAACUGAAUUGCUUUGACAGUUUAUUUCAUUCCAUCUAUUCUUAAUAUUCAAUCAGCACAGAUUCUAUUUUUUUGUUAUUGUAAUACCAUUACUGAUCUCUAAUAAUCUUUACUGUUCCUAGUAGUGCCAUCGUAUGUAGAAGAUUUUAUCUUUUUUUUAUUAUUAUUAUUAUUAUUAUUGUUAUUAUUAUUUGUGACCAAAUACCUGCACAACUAAUGACAUUCCCAUUAACUCCAGCUCAUGUUUAGUGUUAGCUGUGAGAUGGUAGACGUAGAUUGCGAUUUCAGUGAUCCUUCAACAUACUAAACACCACCACGUUAGGGAGCAUGUUCAUAAAUGUUAGCAUCAACUUCCAAGCACAGCCUGCUGCUAGCUUGGCUUUAGACACACUGGCUAGUUUUAUGUAAAUAUAAUUUAUCAAGCUGAAUGACAUUGUGAUAGAUGGUGUUCUGUUCAGUAAUUCUUAGUAAAACAUUUAUUUGAAGCCACGGCCUUUUCAGAAAAGGCAUUGUCAUAUAUCCACAUGUACGCGUAGUAACAGUGUCACAAACUCCAGGAGUCAUGUUGGAUUUCGAUGUUUACUUAAGAUCCAGUUAUUGCUCUCGAUGAGAAGUGUGUGUAAAGCUUAAACUGAAGUGAAAUGGACUGAAAGUACCUCAUGCUAAAAGUCACACACAGCUACUGUUGUAUAUAAUGAAAAAUUGUAAAUACAAAGAACUGGUUUAUGACGUGCUUUAUUGCGAUCCUCUUAGUGCUCAGGUGUCAACUGGAAAUCAUUGUUUACGUUGAAACUGUGUUCCUCACUCGUGGUAUGUGCAUAAUGUCAGUAUAAAGCUGACAAGGUAUCUCUCUCAUUUGUUUCCUUGUACAUUUUAAGCAAAUAGGGUGUGCUGUACAGUAUGUGGCGUAAGAUGUUAUGUUGUUGAACAAAAUGUCAAAUGAAGAUGAAUAAAACCAUUUGCACUGUG